AUGAAUCAUGACUUUCCUCAUAACAUAGUCAGUAUGAAUGGCAUGGCUCGUUAUCAUCCUAACCAGCCUGCGAAUAUGCCUCCUGAUAUUGACAAAAAAAGGAGGAACUACAGACUGUUAGCAGAUCCAAUGAUUGAUCGCUCUAAAGACAAAAUUUAUAGGUUUGAUGGAGUGAACCCACAGGAUGGUAGAUUGGUUGAUACUAAAGAUCCAAGACCAAGAUAUCAGCGUAUUUGUUAUAAAAGACCACCUGCAGACCUUCCUGUUCCUAGGUGGAAGUAUGAUCAGUACUAUGUUGGCACCCCACCUGCUAAAGAAGUGACAUUCAGCAAUCUCAAUGACAACAUCAGUCGAGAUUUUCUAGAAAAUAUGGUCAAGGGGUUUGGAAGAAUUGAGGAUGUCAAGAUAUAUUACCAUCCAAAAAAUAAAAAACAUAUGGGCAUUGGAAAGGUUGUAUUUGCUCAGUCAAAGUCUGCUAAAGAAUGUGUUGAAAAGCUGCAUCGCACAACAAAAAUGGGAAUUGCUAUGAAUGUUGUGUUAGACACAAUGGGUAAAGAGCGUCAACGACUCAUUGAUGAAAAAGUUGCAGAUAGACCCAGGAUUGAAUUGGAGGUUAAAACAGCGCCUUCAGUCCCAAGGGUUAGCAGUGUGGACACAUUAGAGAGAUUUGAUUAUGUUGAACCUGAGAAUGAAAAGUGGUCAGCCUACAAUGCAAAGAAACUUCAUGAACAUCAAAGAAAAGAAAAAGGAGAAAGUUUGACAGUAACUUCUGCUGAUAAUGUCAGUUUAUCUUCUCAGUCCACUGAUUUUAAUGCUGGGACAUCAUUUAUUCCAAAUGCCUUCACACCCGGCUCUAUCAACUAUGAUCCUCAACCAUUAUUUGUGCCACCUAGUGUCAACCCAAAUAUUCCAUUUUCAGCAGCUUUAGACUACAGUUUCAACACCGUGGCUCCUCCUCCUCCUUUUCACAGUCACAGUAUGCCAUCUCACUCGCAGACUCCAGUUCAUCAUGGACCACCACCUAUGACCCCUCAUCAUUCUCACUUUAGUGAAAGUUUUGGUCCUCCUCCGUAUGGCCCAAGUCCAGUACCUGCUCCUAUGCCUUUUGAUAUUCAACCUCGAUUUCAUGUAGAUACUUCAGAAAGCAUGCCCCAGGUUGUACCACCACCAAUAAUAUAUGAUGUCUCUGGAAACAACAGCUUACAAAGUAUUAACAGCAGGGAUGAUGACAGAAAUUGGCGAAGAGUUAACAGACAUGACAUAGAUGUUCCAACAUCAACAUCUACACAUAUUGCUGGCCCGAGUCCCAUCCCUGGAAGCAGCAUUCCUUUCAGGGGUAGAGACCCACGACCUGGUAAACCUCCGCCUGUCGACAUGUCUUCAGAAAAACUCCUAUUGCUUCCUGACACACCUGAUGCUGAUAUAGAUGAUGAGCCCCGAUUCAUGAGUUUGGAAUCAAGAAUUCAAAGUCUUCUUCAGGGUGGGUCAGAGAUAGAUGAUAAAGAUGAUGGUAAAUCUGGGGGUGAAGGAGGUUCUGAAUCAGAUCUACCCUCUUCCCCUGCAUCACAGCCAACUCACAAACCACAUCUUCAUAUACCUCCACAGUCACAAGAUAUUGGCAAUUGGAAUCAAAACAACAUGCAUGUUGCACCACCCCCAGAAAAUCAUCUUCCAAAUAUACUGCCACCUGUACACAUAGCCCCGCCACAUCAUACCCCGCUGCCGUUUGUGCAGUCACUUCCGACAGGACAUUUGGGACCUCAUUCUCAUCAGGCUAUGGACAUGUGGUCACAAAAUAGUAUUCCUUCAAGCGUACCAUGGACAUCACCAUCUUCUUUGGAUGGAGGUGUUCCUUUACAGUCAUUUGAACCUCCUCUGUCUCAGAACAACAGUGCUGGCGUAAUUAAGGAGAGGGGGAAAAAUCAUAAAAAACAUUUUAACAGAGGUGGAGGAAAAUUUGGCAGUCAUGAUCCAGUAUUUAUUCUGCCUGACUCUGUUACUCGUCCAUUUGUUCCGGAGAAUAGACAAGACAUUCAAAAAAGGGGAGACAACCACAUCAGUGAUGGCAGUAUUGUUAUGUCCACUGCUGAUCCCUUGGAUUUUAAAACCAAAUCUCUGUUUUUAGAGGAAUCGUCUAACAAUGACACGGAUGGACAAAUAGAGGACAAGGAUACAGAAGAUGAUAGAAUGAGCUUAGAUUCUGUGAAUAGUGGCGAUGAAAGACUCGAGGUGAAUACUUCAGAUGUGUCACAGCAGACUUUCAAUGAAAUCUGGCAGAAUCAUCAGUCUGGAUUUGAUCAUUUUGGAAUGUUCAUUUCUGACUAUGAAUCAGAUACAGAUUAUGUGACACAGCUGUUUUCACUUGUGCUGAGUGAUUUUGUGCAGGAGCUCAAGUCAAUAAUGCAGAGAGACAUAUGUAAGAAAAUGGUGGAAACAUCUGCUUUUAAGUAUUUUGAGAAAUGGUGGGAUCAACAGGAAGAGAAACAUAAGCAACCAUCCAAAUUAUCAAGUGCAGAAAUAAAGAAAGACAAGCCGACUCCAACUUCAGACUCUACAGGGGGAAUUACCUCAGCUCUAGCUGGUUUAUUUGAAGCAAGACACCCUUGGGCUAGGGAGGGCGGUUUAGAAUCAGGACUGGGUUUCAAUCGUUACAGUUCUGGUGGUUUGCUUGGAAUCCGCUCUGGCAUGUCCAAACUGCCAUCUUUUAAG